CAUCCAUCCAGUCGCCGGCCAUGUGGUCCUGGACUGAAUGUACUCUUCAUGUCGAGUCUCACAGCCUGUCUGUGCGAUUUGUUUCUCUGGUGUCUGCCUUCUCUGUGCGUCAUUUUAUAUUUGUUUCACUCAUCUAUACGAAAAACCCAUCACCAGAGGGUCAACCACCGCCAACACACUCACGUCGCUGCGGCCGGCUGGUCGCUCAGCACACGAGCCUUCAGUGUUGCCAGUGCAUCUGCAUGCUGCCUUUCGCGCUUGAUGUGGACGUAGAGGCCGAGCGCGAACACGGCGGCCCACAGCAGUGUCAGCGAGCCAUCCUUGAAGCCCACCAGGCUACAGAAAGAUAGACACACACAUGAUAACAGACAGACACACCUGUGUAGACAUGGAUGGACAUGAUCAUCGUGUCAUCGGCUGCUCACUUGAAGGAAGUCGGCAGGCUGAAGAAUGAGAUGAGGUCGUAACUCUCGCGCUCGAACACUCCCACAGACAAGAGCAUGAAGCCGCAACCUGCGCACACAGGGACACAUGGAUGGAUGGAUGGAUGGGUAGAUGAUUGUUUGUGUCGUCAUUUCAUUCCACCUGCUGUGACGAGAAAAGAUGACAGAAACGGGCCCAGAAACGUCAGGACGUCGAAGGCCUGUAUGCCGACACAUACAUCCGCGCAGGGCGUGUUUCUGUCGGUUGGUUCAUCUUUCGCCCACUUUGGGUUUGAUCGCCGUCAUGAUGUAGUCGAGGAAGCUCAGUGCCGCCGACAGCACAAACAGGCCGCUCAGGUAGCUAGACAGACAGACAUACACUGCCAUGUGAGUGUGUGUGUCUUUUUCUUUGUACAUUGCGUUGAUGACUUCUCCACUGAGCGUGGGUAGGACCAGACCAAUCUGCAAGGACACACAAACAGGGAUAACACAUCACAGACGAGCUUCCUACCAGGCCGAGGCCCUUUGUCGGGAUGAGGAUGGCCGUCGCGGCGUGCAGCCAGUUGAGCCCAAUGCCGAUAGCGACUGGGACGAGAGGUUUGAGCUUGUCCGAUUGGUACGCCAUGACGACCUGAAUGAAACACGUCCAGAGAGUCCCGCAGUGUCAUCACAAAUGGUGUCUCUUUCCCUUUUCUAUCUCUCCUUACUGCAGUGAUGAUGAAGACUGCCGUUGCGAUGGCGAGGCCGAUCACACUCGACAGUGCCGGAAUCACAUUGACGAGCACCUGCACCGACACACAAGAGAGACACAGAGAGGCGUCCGGGAUGAGACAUGGCGUCUCUGUCACUCCAACCACGAGAGAGGCGAAGAAAGCGAAAAGGGAUGCGGUCAGCGCCACAAACAGGUCCCUUCUGUCUCCCGAGGAUGCGGUGAGGGCCAUGAACAAGUAAAACGCGAUGAUGAAGGCGUAGAGGAGAACCUGUGCAUACAAAAAUGAGAUGAGAUGAGAAUGGACCGGCAUUUGGUGCGCACCUGCACUGUGACAUACAUGCGGUCGAUCAGGUGGACAGGGAGGGCGGCGAACUCCUCCUCGGCAGCAGCUGGCACCGCACCAUGUGUCUCGUUGGUGGUCGGCUGUUGCUGGCGGCUCAGUAUCAACAUGCUGCGUGUGUGCGCGCCUGGGUGUGGUGACAGGGGGUAGUGCGAGUGACGGGCCAGCAUGCGGGCAUCAGACACCACGACGGAGAGCAGCGACAGUGCCGCCAUCGCAGCCAUUGUC